AUGCCUGAAGAAGGGAAGGUGAUUCGAAUCAACAAAUGGGACCAAGUUACAGUUCGAAAUAGCCUUGAUGACACAGUUAAAGAGAUUCUCAACAAGAAGAUUGGCUGGAACGAAUAUCACUCCUUAUUUGAUGGUCGUCUUUUGAUAUCUUUCAUUGCCGUUUGCUUUUCAAGUUUUGCUGCAGCCUGGCACUAUAUUGUUUCAUUUGAAGAGGUCAAGCCGGUGUUAAUUGUGUGUUCAGUCGGAUAUUUUGUCACGGUUGGCAUUCUGCAACUUUAUCAAUGGUAUGUGGAGAAAGGCUGCUUUUAUCAGGCGAUUGAGAACGAUGGAAAAGUUAAGCGCUCAUGGAAAUGGAGUAGCGAAAUGAAAAGUUAUGACGACAAAUACAUGCUGACUGCAUCCUACUCGCAGGAUAAUCGAUUCGCACAAGGAAACAACACAAAAUCGAUUUCGGCGUACAUUACGGAAGAUGGAGAAAUCGUGAAACGCUUGCUUGAGGUUGAAAUUGAAAAACUCUACAAGGAUCUUCUCCGUAAUGAA